CCUCGCCCAAUCCGGCGCCGCCCUGGGCCCUUCAAGCCCCGCCCCGGAAGUGCGCGCGGGUCAGUCGGCUGCCGGGCGGCGGCCAUGAUGGCGGCGGGGGCUCCCAUGCCCGAUGCCUCGUUCCUGUGGGGCGUCUUCCAGCGGGUUGAUAAAGAUAGGAGUGGAGUAAUAUCUGAUACGGAACUCCAGCAGGCAUUGUCCAAUGGCACGUGGACUCCAUUUAACCCCGCCACAGUCAGGUCAAUCCUUGGCAUGUUUGACAGAGAAAACAAAGGUGGCGUGAACUUCAACGAAUUCACAGGAGUCUGGAAGUACAUCACAGACUGGCAGAAUGUCUUUCGAACGUAUGAUAGAGACAAUUCUGGAAUGAUUGACAAACAUGAGCUAAAGCAAGCACUAACAGGUUUUGGUUACCGCCUGUCUGAUCAAUUCUACGAUAUCCUUAUCCGGAAGUUUGACAGACAAGGAAGAGGCCAAGUUGCUUUCGAUGACUUUAUUCAGUGCUGUGUUGUUUUACAGAGGCUGACCGAUGUAUUCCGGCGUUACGAUACGGAUCAGGACGGCUGGAUUCAGGUGUCCUACGAGCAGUACCUGUCCAUGGUCUUCAGCAUCGUAUGACAUUGAUGACUCGGGAUUCCACCCUGGCACUGUACAGACUGGAGUUGCCAAAUGAUCAUGUACUGAAUAAGAUUAUGGAUGUAUUAUAUUGGAUAUAAUUUCACAUUCUUAAAUUUUGUACGUUCGUCGUCACCUUCAGAAUCUGUACUUGAGUUGGUUUUCGUUUUGUAUUACCGUAAGAUCGACCACCUCUCGCUUACUGCGGUACAGAAAGCACAGAGCCUAGAUUUAACCGGUGCAAUGUCAAACCUAACUUUCUUCCACAUAUCCUGCAUGAGGAAAAAAAUGACUCUUUAGAAAUGCCAAAUUAAAAUAGUGCUUGUUAGUUUGUCAGAGUCGGAACGCCGAAGUUGCACAACAUGUUUUGCAUGUGCCUUACUUUUCUAAGAGGUUAACGUAUUAAUUUUUAAUACAGAAUUUAAAGUUAAGUAAAAGUGCUAGACCAACCUA